AUGGAGAAGCUAACCAAUCUGUGCAACGACGUUGCCAGGGAGCACCAAUUGGAUACCACGCGCACCGAUGAAGUCGAUAUCAGGGACAACAACGAUCUGGUCAGCGAUACCAGAGACGACCUCGAAGGCGCGACAAGACUUGGAGAACGCAUAGGAUUUGCACCCUUGGCUGCAUGCGUGAACAGUUGGGCUGCAAACAAAAUCCUGCAACUUCGUUGGGAUCGCGCAAUAACUUACAAGAGACGCGUUGCCCAGGGCGGACCUCUAGGAGUUUUAGCGUUUCCGGUCGUUCGUCAACACCAUGAGAUUGCAUUGCCGUCGACAUCAAACACAGACGACGGUUCAAGGCUCCUAGUUUUAGAGUCGGAAGACGAAGAAACGGCGCAACUGCCCAGUGUGUUGCUGUCUCUAAGCUAA